GAAAUUAUUUUAAAAGAACUGUUAUUCCUUCAAUGGCAGAAGAAAUUAGGCUUAAAAUUACUCAACGAAUAGGAAACGAUAAAUAUGCUUUGACAUCUGAUGGUUGGUCACAGGUGACAAAGUCACCAGCACUUCUCAGUAUAACAGUGCAUCACUUAAAUUCAUCAUUCGAACGAGACGAUUUCGUGUUCGAUGUUGUGCCUAUGGAUAGUCAUACGGGAGAAGAUAUUUGUGCUUCAAUUGAAAAAUCAUUAAAGGAUAAUGGAUUAAAUAAGGAAAAUGUUGUUUGCUUAGUAAGAGAUGCAGCGCGAAAUAUGGUCAGAUCAUGCAAUUUAUUGGAACUAAACAGGUUUUUAAUUUUUAUAAUUAAAAAAUUUAAAUUAGUUUUCAAUGUGUUUGCCAUAUGCUUCAUUUGACUAUGAAUGAUUUGCUAGAGACAAAAGAAUUGAAGGCGUUUAUCGCAAAAAUUAGAUCAUGGGUCACCUUUUUUAGAACAACAAAAGGAUCAAAAAUACUUACAAAAACUCAAGAAAAUUUAAUGUUAAAAAACAAAAAAUUAAUAGCUUCUUGUCCGACUAGAUGGAAUUCCUGUUUCGCAAUGCUAAAGGAAUUCCGCGAUCAAAAAAAAGUAAUUAUGGCUAUAGAAGGCGAAAGAAGAGGUUUUGCUGCAAAUCAAGCGAAAAGAGCAAAGACGGAUUACAUUCCUGAAAGUUUACCAAGUCUUGAUAUGUCUGAUUUUGAAUUAUUGCGUGCUAUAUGCCCAAUUAUGGAAAUAUUUAAUAAAGAAACCGAGAAG